AUGCAAGACGCGUCGACGCGGGUGAACGUGGGCGGCUCGCUGUUUGACACGGCCGAAGUGAUGCUGACGCUCGACCACCCGUCGAUGGUCGCGUACUUGCAUGGAUCGCCGAGCGCGAGCGACCUCCGCACUUUCUAUCGCGGCGAUCGGGACCGUAAACGACCCGGCACCACCAACUACGGCCUCGCGGUCUAUCUCAACAAUCCGCAGUCACGCGGCAGGGCGACGUGCGCACUGGACGGAUCGUGA